AUGUCGCGCGCUGCCCAGAUCAAGAAGUUCAUCCCCGUGGAGACCUACCCCAUCUUCGCCGUUGUUGGCGGUGCCGUUGCCGGUGCUGGCUACUACCUCUACCGCCUCUCGCAGGGCCCUGAGGUCGUCUGGAACCGUCACUCGGACUGGAAGCCUUGGAACAAGAUCGAGCAGCACGAGAACAUCAAGUUCAUGACCGUGCACCCGACAUGGUGGAAGGAGCGUGUCGCUGCUGCCAAGGUCGAGGGCUCGAACUAA